UACAGGCCGCCUUAUCAAAAGAGCGUUCGAUGAUUUUGCUGUAGGUUUGUGCGGCGUUGUCAUAUCGAAGAGGAACCUCGCACUGCUCCCCUCCUGCGAGAAAAACAUGGGUACCGUCGAAUAUACUAGUUAGUUUAUGAGCGAGACCCAGGGACACCAUGGUCGAUAUCUACAUCAUGGGUGCCACGCCACACCCCAUUCUACUCCUCAGCGCUGCCUCCUGUGUACCGCUUGCAUGUACACACGGUCUGGUCAUAAGUCUUAAGGUCUGUAUUAAUUUAUAUUCUUCCCUUUAUAAGCCGGAGCCACUGCGCAGGCCCUGUCCGCGUCUUAAUGAUUGCUGCAGCUCUUCGUACGCUCAUGAGCGCAUCAGCGCUGUCACAAAUAGGUUACUUUCAAACAAAUUGGAUUUUCUUUGUGGCUGCUUGGAUGCGCGAGGUAUCCAAGGUCCUGUAGCCAGCUCUGUCCGGAGAAUUCUUUUUUUCCUGAUACAAGUGGUUUGAUUCAAACGCUCAAUGUGUAUCACGUUGCUUUUGUUCGCUCCUGUAUUGCCCAGCUAAAAUAUUAACAUCAUUACAGCUUGUGUCCU